UCUAAUUUUUUUUGACAAGUGUGUUCGCCGCGUUGUUUUCCUUCCCACAAAAAUUUUAAUUAUAAAUACAAGUUUUUUAUUAAUAAAUCGGACUUUAAAAUGUCCCAAACAAUUGAAAUCCCUCUUAGGGAUACCGAUGAGGUAAUCGAAGUGCAUCCUGACCAAUUGCCAGAAUGCCAAGAAGUGCUUGGUAUUUUGCGUCAAGAAAGAUCUCAACUCAAUACUUGGGUUAAUGUUGCCCUUGCAUAUUAUAAGCAAAAGAAAACUGCUGAUUUCAUUCGACUUUUGGAAACGGCAAGAAUCGAAGCCAAUGUCGAUUAUCGCGAUUAUGAAAAGGAUCAAAUGCGAGCCUACGAUAUGCUUGCUGCUCAUUAUGUGCAGGAAGCAAAUCGUGAGAAAUCGAAAGAUAAAAAGCGUGAGCUUUUUAUGAAGGCAACUAAUUUGUACACAACAGCCGAUAAGAUCAUUAUGUACGAUCAGAACCAUUUACUUGGAAGAGCAUACUUUUGUUUGCUGGAAGGUGAUAAAAUGGAACAAGCUGAUGCUCAGUUCAAUUUCGUCCUCAAUCAAUCGCCAUCAAAUAUUCCCUCAUUGUUGGGCAAAGCUUGUAUAGCAUUCAAUAAGAAAGAUUACCGAGGUGCUUUGGCAUUCUAUAAAAAAGCAUUGCGAACCAAUCCGAAUUGUCCUGCCAAUGUUAGAAUGGGAAUGGGUCACUGUUUUUUGAAAAUGAACAAUCAGGAUAAAGCUAAAUUGGCUUUUCAACGAGCUCUUGAACUAGACCCAAAUUGUGUUGGUGCACUUAUUGGCCUAGCUAUAUUGAAACUAAAUCUACACGAGCCAGACUCGAAUAAACUUGGUGUGCAGAUGCUCUCAAAAGCUUAUACAAUUGAUUCGACAAGUCCGAUGGUUCUCAAUCAUUUGGCUAAUCAUUUUUUCUUUAAAAAAGAUUACCAAAAAGUGCAGCAUUUAGCGUUACAUGCAUUUCACAAUACAGAAAACGAGGCGAUGCGUGCCGAAAGUUGUUACCAAUUGGCAAGGUCAUUUCAUGCUCAACGUGAUUAUGAUCAAGCAUUUCAGUACUAUUAUCAAUCGACACAAAUUGCACCAUCUAAUUUUGUACUCCCACAUUAUGGUUUAGGGCAGAUGUACAUUUAUCGUGGUGAUACAGAAAAUGCUGCACAAUGCUUUGAAAAAGUUCUCAAAGUUCAACCGGGCAACUAUGAAACAAUGAAGAUCCUGGGUUCUCUUUAUGCUAGUUCGAAUUCUCAAACUAAACGAGACAUGGCAAAAACUCAUUUAAAAAAAGUUACCGAACAAUUUCCGGACGAUGUGGAGGCAUGGAUAGAGCUGGCUCAAAUUCUAGAACAACACGACUUGCAGGCAUCUCUGAAUGCCUAUGGUACAGCAACAAGUAUUUUAAGUGACAAAGUCAAAGAGUAUAUUCCUGCGGAGAUAUUAAAUAAUGUGGCUGCAUUACACUAUCGUUUGGGAAAUUUGAUUUUAGCUAAUGAAAAACUUCUCGAGGCAUUGGAGAGGGCGAACACACAAAGAACCAAUGACCCACAAUACUAUGACUCCAUAUCUGUAACAAUGAAGUACAAUUUAGCACGUUUAAAUGAAGCCCGAUGCAGUUUUGAUGUUGCCGAUAAAUUGUACAAAGACAUUUUGAAAGAGCAUCCAAAUUAUAUUGAUUGUUAUUUGCGUUUGGGAUGUAUGGCACGAGAUAAAGGUUUGAUUUUUGUAGCUUCGGAUUUCUUUAAGGACGCGCUCAAUAUAAAUAAUGAUAAUCCAGAUGCACGUUCACUUCUUGGUAACCUUCAUUUGGCAAAAAUGCAAUUUACUUUGGGACAAAAGAAUUUUGAAACAAUCCUAAAGAAUCCAGCUACAUCUAGUGAUGCCUACUCAUUAAUUGCAUUGGGAAAUUUCUCACUACAAUCAUUACAUCAACCAUCAAAAGAUAAGGAGAAAGAGAAGAGGCAUCAAGAAAAGGCAUUGGCAAUUUAUAAACAGGUCUUGCGAAACGAUCCACGUAAUAUCUGGGCUACAAAUGGCAUUGGAUCAGUACUUGCUCAUAAGGGCUGUGUUAUUGAAGCCAGAGAUAUUUUUGCUCAAGUACGUGAAGCAACCGCGGAUUUCUGUGACGUUUGGUUGAAUAUUGCACAUGUGUAUGUGGAGCAAAAGCAGUACAUCAGUGCCAUCCAGAUGUACGAAAAUUGUAUGAAAAAAUUCUUCAAGCAUCAUAAUGUUGAAGUCAUGCAAUAUCUAGCAAGAGCUCAUGUACGAGCAAAUAAACUAAAAGAAGCGAAAAUGGUUCUUCUCAAAGCGAGACGUGUUGCUCCACAAGAUACGGUCCUUCUUUUUAAUAUUGCCAUUGUUCUACAAAGACUGGCAAUGGCCAUUUUAAAAGAUGAAAAAUCUACUCUGCAAGUUGUUUUACAAGCUGUACAUGAGCUAGGAUUAGCUCAUAAGUAUUUCCAGUAUUUGUCCGUUAACGGAGAUAAGACGCGUUACAAUAUAGAAUUGGCUGGCAUAGAAGCAAAUCAAUGCCAAGAUCUGUUGUCCCAAGCGCAAUACCAUGUAACACGUGCCCGUCGUAUCGAUGACGAAGAAAAGUCCCUCAGACGCAAGCAAGAAGAGGAACGUCUUGCAUUCAAACGCAAACAAGAAGAAGAUCGUCGUCUCAGGGAAGAAGAAAAACAUAAGUCUAAAGAAGUCAUGUUGCAAAAACGUCAAGAAUAUGUGGAAAAAACAAAGAAUGCUCUUCUGUUCAGCGAACCAGCACCAGAUCGAAAGAAAAGUGGUGGCCGACCGCGCAAAGACGAUUAUGUUUCCGAUUCUGGCAGCGAUAUGCAAAAUGAAAACUCUGAAAGACCCAAAAAGAAACCCAGCAAGAAAGCUGCUGGUGGGAAAAAACGCAGCAAAAAAUCAGCUGCUGACAAUAACGAUAGUGACAGUGAUGCACCGAAAGAAAAACGCAAACGUAAGGCUGGCAAGCCAAAAGAGAAAAAAGAAAAAGCAUCAAAACAGGAGAAACUUAGUUCGAAACAACGUCUUAAGAUCGUUUCGAAAGCAACAAUUUCAACCAGCGAAUCGGAAAGCGAUCGCGACAAGAAAAAGAAGGGCGGAAGUGAUAGCGACAGUGACAGCAAUACUGAAAGACGUGGACGCAAACGCAUUGUCUCCGAUGACGAGAAGUCAGGUUCGAGAUCGAGAAGUGGCAGCCGAUCACGCAGUAAUAGCCGAUCUGUUUCCAAAUCAAAAUCGAGAUCACGAUCUCGUUCUGGUUCGAGAUCAGGUCGAAGUAAAUCAAGAUCAGUUAGUGGCAGUCGAAGUCGUUCUCGUUCAAAAAGUGGCUCACGAUCUCGAUCAAGAUCUGGGUCACGGUCUGGAUCGGGAUCUCGAUCCUCAAAAUCAAGGUCAAGAUCGAAUUCGAAGUCUAAAUCACGAUCUCGCAGCAGAUCUGGGUCAAAGUCAAGUAAUUAAAAAAGGAAUCAAUAUGGAUAGACACUUGCUUCAUUUAUUCGUUAGUGAAAUUCUACUUUUCUGAACAAAAAAAAAAAAAAAAAAAAACAAA